CUAUGAUUGAAAUCCCACAAGAUUUUGAACAAUUAAAUUCUUAAUAAAGACUUGAGAUGUUACAAUUUUAUGUAAAACUUUUUAUAAAUAAAUAGUUUGAAACUAUAGUUUCAGAGUAUACAGCUUUUAACCAUUGUUAAUUUAUUUACCCUCUCUAUUAAACAUUUUAAGUUUAAUUAAAUUAACAGAUAAGGUCAUUAACAAAUCAAGAUGAAGUAUUUUCUACAUAUAUUUAGAUAUAUGAAUCAUUUAAAAAUCUUUAGAAGAAAGCAGUAGAAGAUACUACAAUCUAAGAAAUGUUAAUUGAAUAUGAUGAAUGUAUUUGAUAAUUCCAAUAAUAUAAGUUAUCCAUCCAAUCAAAAUACAAACUGUGCCUAAAUUGAUUAAAUAGAAAUAAAAAAAAACAAAAGUCGAGAAAAAAGCAGCCAGUUGUAUUCUUGAUGAAUAGCCAAUGAAACAUGAAUUUAUUAUGACUGGUUCUUAAUCUUUGAUGGUUAAUGAAAUUAGAGAAAGAGUUAAUAGCAUCUCUGAAUUUGAAGACUAAAAAUUAAAAGUCAUUCGAGAGUUUGAUGAGAAGAGUUACAUUUCUUAAAUCAAUUUUGAAAAGAGUCCUUAAAGUGAUUUGAAAACUGUUAUUGAAUAAAGAAUGUAACAAUCUCAAAACUAUUAUUUUAAUGAAGCUUAAUUGGAUGACGUAAUAGUUUACUCUAAAUUAGGCAUAUUAUGUAAUUUAAUAAGCCAAGACUGAAAUUUAGAAUAAUUAGAUAUUAGAAGGUUGGUUCUAUGAUUUAUAUGGAAACUUUAUUUCUAUGAUAUAAGACAAAUACGCCACUAUGUAGCUUAAUCUUAAUGAAUUAGAAUCAGAUGGUUGGGUUAUUGAAAAAAAUACUAAAUCAUUGGUUAUCAAAUAUAAAAUUGAUUCAAAAAAUUCAACAGUAACUCUCUUUAUGGAUUCAGUCUUUGAAGCUAAUAUCACUAAAUUAAUGGCUUUAAUUAAUGAAAUCGAACUCUAUCAAAAUUAUGUUCCUUUUUGUGUUAGAUCUUCAAUGCCUAAAAGGAUUGGAAAAUGCUGCAAAAUUUGUGAUAUUUAAGUCUACUUCCCAUUAAUUUCAGAUAGGAAAGCAGUCUUUGUCGGAGAAGGCAUAGAUAGACUGAAUAUAAAUGGCACUAUUGUCUUUUUAUGCAAAUCUGUUGAUAAUGAUCUUGAAUUCCUUAAACUACAUAAUAUUGAUUUAUCAAAGGAUAAAAGAAAAUUUGUAAACUUGAUUCUUAAUUAUUAUGUUUUCGAAUUAACACCUCUUUCUGAUAAUAAAUGCAGAGUUAGAGCGGUAACUAAUUCUGAUCCUUAAUGCAGAUACAUUCCAAAAGCAUUAGUCGCUCUUGUUGCUAGAAAAGUAUUUAAAACAUAUUGAAAUUUAGAUGGCUAGUACGUUAUUUGAAAAAAUGUAAAAAAUUACCAAAGAUUUCAAUAAGAGCCUUUGGUAUCCUAAAUAUAUUGAAAAUUAAGAAUUUUAUGAUUGGAUAGACACUAAAGUUAGCAAUCAUUUUUCUAAACAAUAAAUUUGA